CACGUGAGACAAUGCGGAAGCGGACCAUUUUCAGACAAAAACAAAACAGCCGUGGGUGUCGUUGAGUUAUUCAAUCGGGUCUGACGUUGUUCGGCCAUCGUGGAGUUGUUUCACAAGCUGUACCGCAUCAUUCGACAGCUACACCCGGUGUUUGGAACGAUGCUGAACGCCGCCGCCGCGGAGAGGAACAAGGAGCCCAUCCUGGCAGCGCUCCGGGACAGCGUGAACACGGGGAGGUCCCUGCAGGCUCUGGAGAUCUCCUCCGGUACCGGGCAGCACGUCACACACUUCGCUCAGGCCCUGCGGAAUAUUAUCUGGCAGCCUUCAGAGUAUGACCCGCAGUCUCUUACCAGUAUCGAAGCUUACAGAGCCCACUACCAGCUGCACAAUGUGAGGCCUGCCAUCCACCUGGAUGCUUCUCUGCCCUAUCAGUACUGGGGAGGCAUUCAGCCAGAGAGCCUGGAUCUGGUAGUCAACAUCAAUAUGAUGCACAUUUCCCCGAUGGCUUGCACUGAAGGUUUAUUCAAAGGAGCUGGAGUAGUGCUGAAGCCACAAGGCCUUCUAUUCACAUAUGGCCCAUAUGCAGUGAAUGGUCAGAUCACCCCUCAAAGUAAUAUUGACUUUGACUACAGCCUACGGCAGAGAAACUCAGAAUGGGGACUCAGGGAUAUCGCCCUCCUCAGUUGUACAGCACAAAAAAAUGGUUUAUUCCUGGAGAGAAUGGUGGACAUGCCUGCAAACAACAAGUGUCUUCUGUUCCGGAAGGAAAGUUUGGUGUGAAGAAUCUUCUGGUUCCUCCUCUGGGUGCAGACCAGUAUUGGAGCAGGAUGGUCAAAACGCCUUAACUUACACUUGAAACUCAGAUACAUUGCCAAAUUUUCUAGAACUUUUAAGGAAUUGUUUCCCCAUAUUUAAAAACAGGGUGAAACAGAUGAAGAUGUUUGAUGCAAACUAAAAUGUUGUAAUGCAUUAUAUAGUAUUCUGUAUUGCACUCCUGAGAAAAACUGCUCACUGAUAUGCUGUCUUUAGAUAAUUUGCUUUUUUACAGUCAACUACUCUCUUUUCUUCAUUCAGCGUGAAGACUUUAAGUAAAACUAAGUUAGAAGAAGUGCUUUGCAAACAGGACUAUUUAAGCAUCAAUGUGCUGCACAUUAGAUCUUGAAAUCACAUGUAACAAAAUAAAAGCUAUAUAAAACACC